CAGAAGCAUAUUCCCACAAUAAAGGGCAGAACUGUCCACGCACAAGUCACAACCACCCUCUACAAACGUUAAUUAAUGUCACUACCUUUCCCAAACGCAACAUUGACAGCGAAACAAACUCUGUUGUGAAAACUCUGAAUCCACGACCCUUUUGCUACUACAGACAAAUGCACUCGUAAGCGCGCGGUCUUUCCCAUUUUCUCUCACGAAUCACAGUUUUUAUCUUCUUCUCCCCGUCUCUCUCUCUUCCUCGAUGGCAUGAUCUCCUGAGAAAAUCACCCCACAACCGAUCUCCAUUUUCUCGAGCGCCAAACAUGUCUGACGCUGUCAUCAAUGGUCUGGCCGGAGCUGGAGGAGGGAUCAUUGCUCAGCUCAUCACAUACCCUCUUCAAACGGUAAACACUCGUCAACAAACCGAUCGUGAUCCGAACAAGAACAACAAGAAUCUAGGAACUUUCCAGCUAAUGUGCCAGGUUGUUAAACAUGAGGGGUGGGAGCGGUUAUAUGGAGGUUUGACACCAUCACUAGUGGGUACAGCUGCAUCUCAGGGUGUUUACUAUUAUUUCUAUCAAAUAUUCAGGAACCGAGCUGAAGCAGGUGCAUUAGAACAAAAAAGGCUAGGCAUUGGUGAUGGAUCAGUUGGGAUGAUGUCCUCACUUUUUGUUGCUGCUUUAUCUGGGUGUGUUAAUGUGCUCUUGACAAAUCCCAUAUGGUUAGUCGUUACCCGCAUGCAGACCCAUAAAAAAGAUUCAAGCAGAACUCACCCUGAUCAGCGGUUGUCAGAUGCCACAGGACAAACAGUGCUUUCUACUGUUGAGCCCCUUUCUUAUGGAACUAGCCAUGUGAUUCAAGAAGUUUAUGAUGAAGCUGGAGUCUUGGGUUUCUGGAAAGGUGUACUACCAACAUUGGUCAUGGUAAGCAAUCCUUCCAUACAAUUCAUGCUGUAUGAAGCCAUGUUAGUGAAGUUAAAAAGAAGACGUGCUCAACGUAAGAAGGAUAGCAAUGGGGUAACUGCUUUGGAGAUAUUUCUUCUUGGAGCUUUGGCUAAGCUUGGAGCUACUGUUGUAACUUAUCCUCUCCUAGUUGUGAAGGCAAGGCUUCAAGCUAGACAGGUUAAAAAUGGAGACAAGAGACACAAUUAUAAAGGCACACAGGAUGCUAUUAUUAAGAUGAUCCGGUAUGAAGGGCUUUAUGGGUUUUACAAAGGCAUGGGCACUAAAAUUGUACAAAGUGUGCUGGCUGCUGCUGUUUUGUUUAUGGUGAAGGAAGAACUAGUUAAGCAGAUCCGUUUAUUGCUCACUAAGGCUUCUUCCAACACUGUAAAGCCAAAGCCUCUGUGACUGGAAAUCAUUUAAUUUAGUUUGCUUCUGAUUGAUAUUUCUUGAACCAUAUUCAGUUGGCAUAUUCAUUCAAUUGGUAGGAAAUAGAUUCUGGCAUUGGAAAGCUUGUAACUUAAUAAAUAGGGGAUUAGAAUAUGGCUUUAACUAUCUUGAUUAUCUUCUUCAGACAUUUCCCCAAUGGAAUUUAUAUUCUUGUGUUGUGAGUA